ACCAGGAAUAUAUAGAAGUACCACACAGUCUUUGUUCGAUCGUUGUCCAAGGCAGACGGAUUCAGAAUACUUAUUAGAAAUCCAUUCCAUAGACGACAAGAAAAUACAAAAGAUGUUACUUUUCUCGCUGAUAUUCCUAUUGCCUAUGAUGACAAGGGCAGAAGAACAUCAUCAAAGUACUUACACAUUGGAUCUUAAAAAUGGCACCCUUGAGAGAGUAAUACCCGGUCAACAACCAAUUGAGAAUCUGGACCUCUCCAACAUGCAAAUUAAAUUCAUCAAAAGAGAAGCAUUUGACGAGCUAAAAGAUCUCAAAUGUCUAACAUUGAGAAAUAAUCUUCUCACUUCACUGCCAGAAUUUAUUUUCUCAAAUCUUUCAACUCUCGAGCAUUUGUCCCUAGCUGAGAAUAAAAUAAAUACUCUUGACAAUAUUUUCGUUGGAUUGGACAAUUUGAAAGAAUUAAAUAUUUCAUGUAAUCCAUUGAGACAUUUACGAAGAGGACAAUUUUUUGGUUUACCGAAUAAUGUCAAUAUUUAUACAAGGGGUAAUAUUUUUUGGAGUUUGAGUACAAUGCUAUUUGAAAAUCCAUUUUUAAAGGAGAAAGAUAGUUUUGUGGAAAUUGAGAAGGCAAGAUUUGAUGACGAUUGGGAGGAGGAGGAAGAGCAAAUAGCUGAGGCUAGAAAAUUGGAUACAUUGGAGAGGGAAAUUUUUUCUGGUUCAAAAAUGCAUGUCUUUCCAAAAGAAACACAACCACAACUUGAUAAAAAUAUUUUAAUUAAACUUUGUAUGGAGGAUGGAAUUGUCAUUAGUCUUGAAAUUAUUGAUAAGAACGAGAAACUUGAAGCGAGAUGCAGUGAAGUUAAAAUUGACUACGAAGAACGACAGGUGAAUCUUCGUGGAUUGGGAAUUAAGGAUUUCGACGAGGAUUGGUACAGACUGCAAAAGCUGCCAAUUCACGGAAUUGAUCUUUCAAAUAACGAAAUUCAAGAAAUCUCCAAGGAACUUCUAAACGAUCUUCCGGGUGAUUUGGCAUACGUGAGCCUUGUGGAAAAUAGAAUUAGAAAAUUAACGCGGCAAAUUAUUGACAAUAGUCAUCUCAAAGUAUUGAGUUUGAAGGAUAAUUUAAUUGAAGAAAUUGAAGACAAAACAUUCGAAAAUACCCGAUUGAAUGGUCUCUAUCUAAGUGGAAAUCGAUUGGAAAAUCUUAAUUUCAUAAAAGAUUUACCCACAACACUAACGGAAUUAGUUAUCAAUCGUAAUCUUAUUCAAUCUAUUCCCGAUGGUAUUUUUACAAAACUCACAAAUCUCAUUUAUCUUAAUCUAGCGAGAAAUAAUAUUCCCAAUUUACAAGCUGACAUUUUCCGUGGAUUAAAAUCACUUCAAAUUUUAAUAUUGACGAGAAAUUCUUUAACAAACAUUGCUCCUGGUUCUUUUAAAUUUCUCAAAAAUCUGAAAACUCUCUACCUUUAUCAUAAUUCAAUUUCAAAUAUUGAAAAUGGCGUUUUUGAUAAUUUGGAAAAAUUGAGAAAUUUGAAUCUUGCUUUUAAUAAAAUUGAGAGAAUAACACCAGAAAUGUUUGCUAAAUUACCAAAAUCGUUGAAUUUCCUUCAUCUUGAUUUUAAUAGAAUUGAAUCACUACAACCGGGUAGUUUCAUUGAAGUACCAAGAUUUUCAUUGUCAUUGGAUGGAAAUAAAAUAACAAAUAUUAUGCCAGGUACUUUUGAUUUGCCAAAUCUUCAGGAUCUUUAUCUAAAGAAUAAUUCCCUAACAAAUUUAAAAUCAGAAUCUUAUGAGGGUUUACCAAGAUUAAAACGUCUUUGGUUAUCGAAUAAUAAAAUUAAUAAUAUCGAAAAAGGUGCGGCACGUAGUUUAUCAUUACUUUCGAUUUUAGAUAUUUCGAAAAAUCCCCUUCAAUCCCUGAAUAAUGGAGCUUUAUUUGGUUUGCCAAAAUCAAGAGCGAGUUUUGUUUAUAUAUCCGAUAAUUGUAUUGAUUUAAUUCAAGGUGGUGUUUUCGAUGAUUAUUCCUCUUAAAUAUUGAAGAAAGAAUCGUGAAUAUUGACUGACAAAUGGAAAAUUAACUUUAAGUUCUAAAAGAAAAUGUGAUACGAGAUCAAUGUUGUAUUAUGAAAUAAUUUUUCAAAUAAAAUAAUUUUUUGGAAGAAAA